UUGUUGCCUAGACACCUUUUUAUUUCAGGAAAUAAUUGAGUUCCCAGUGUUGAAAAUAAAUGCAAGCUCAUAUGAAAUAGAAUCGACUUUCCAUGAGUUUAUAAAACCUGUCCACCACCCAACGCUGACUGACUUUUGUACAAGACUAACGACUAUUUCACAAGCCGAGGUGGACAACGGCAAGUCAUUCCAUACAGUGAUGCACUUGUUUGACACAUGGAUCAAGAAGGAGGUUGGUCUAGACAAAAAGUUCCUCUUCAUAACAUGUGGAGACUGGGAUCUUAAGACUAUGCUGCCAAGCCAGUGCAAGAUAGAGAACAUCCAGGUGCCUCAUUAUUGCGACAUGUGGCAUAAUAUUAAAAAGAUGAUUGUAAAAACAUUGCCAACAUCCUGCGAGCACUGGCAGACAGAGGUUGCAAAUUUCAGCCAACCAAUUAUAAUGAAUAGACCUGCAGCUGUUUUGAAUGUUAAGAUUGAUUUUUACAUUAGGGACUGUUAAUCCUCACACAGAGGCACUUAUUAAGUUUAAGCUUGGGAGGACGGUCUACACACAGUCAUGUUUUGCAACUUCAUAAACAUGCUUUAAGUGCCUGACUAUAAUAUAAGUAACUGGAUAAUGUCUGAAUACUUAUUACCAUUAUAGCUUCCCUUUAGCCCAUGCUGCCUGGAAAAGGUAGUAGCUAUGUGAAAUGUCUCUACACAAAUGCUUAGCCACCAAGGAGUCAAUUAAGAGACCUCGUAAAUUACCUGAUUUUACAUUUAUUUUAGACAUAUAUUAUAAUUAUUAUAAUCAACAUUACUAUUAAUAAUGUAAAAUUGCCCCUUUGUUCUUUUUAAAUUAAGGAGAGGUAAACAGGUGAGAUAGGAAGUACUAGCUGUACCCUCAUUGGUGACUUGAGUAUGUUUGGAGCCAUCUUUUUAUAAAGACAAUUAAUUAACUAAAUUAGUUAUGCACAUGCCACCAUCCCUGGUGGCAUCGGGUUAAGGGUAGCACAGUGGAGCCUUGUGGGAGGGACCAAUGUUUUUUUGAGCACUUUGUUAUCUUGUGAUCAGUUGAUUCUAGGAAAUUAUAAAUAGAUAAUGUUUAAUUAUUUUUUCUCUCUGGUCAGUCUUGCAGUUUUCUGUAUAUAGUAUAUUUGUUUUCAUUGAUUCAUUACAAUAAUUUAUGUGUUCCCAUUACCUAUAGAUGGAUUUCAUAGAUAAUAAAUUGACUUUUGCAGAUCUUGUAAUUUGAAUUUCUACUGUUUUAUGUAAUACUAUCUACAUAUACAUUUUAUUAAUUAUUCUUUAGAUAAAAAAAUGUAAGGAAGCAAUUCUGUAGCAAUAAAAUUAAUAAAUAAAUAUAAUGUACAUUUCUAAAGAA